AUGGACAGACUUCAAAGACUUUUUGGUGCAGCAGCAGCAGGUCAAAGCUUGCAACCUGGGAUGGAUACACCAACAGUUGAUAAUGCAGAAAUGGUUUACAUUUCUUCUUUAGCAUUGCUUAAGAUGCUCAAACAUGGUCGUGCUGGUGUGCCUAUGGAAGUUAUGGGUCUAAUGCUUGGGGAAUUUGUUGAUGAUUAUACAGUAAGAGUAAUAGAUGUUUUUGCCAUGCCUCAAAGCGGUACUGGUGUAUCUGUAGAAGCAGUUGAUCCAGUGUUUCAAACAAAAAUGUUGGAUAUGUUAAAACAGACUGGGCGACCAGAAAUGGUAGUUGGUUGGUAUCAUUCUCAUCCUGGAUUUGGAUGUUGUUUUGAAGCUUUAAAUCAACGUGCUGUAGCCGUUGUUGUUGAUCCAAUACAGUCUGUGAAAGGAAAAGUGGUUAUUGAUGCAUUUCGUCUUAUUAAUCCUCAAAUGCUUAUGCUUGGUCAAGAGCCACGUCAAACUACAUCAAACAUUGGCCAUUUAAAUAAACCAAGUAUUCAGGCAUUGAUACAUGGAUUGAAUCGGCAUUAUUAUUCAAUUGCAAUAAAUUAUAGAAAAAAUGAAUUAGAACAAAAAAUGCUGCUUAAUUUACACAAAAAAAAUUGGACACAUGGAUUGAGAUUAACAAAUUUUACCGAUCACACAGAAUUGAAUGAAAAAAAUGUUAAAUCUAUGCUUUCGUUAACAGAGGCUUACAAUAAAUCAGUUCAAGAGGAAUCAACAAUGACACCAGAGCAAUUGAAAACCAGACAUGUUGGUAAACAAGAUCCAAAGCGUCAUUUAGAAGAAAGUGUGGAAGAAGUGAUGUCUAAUAAUAUUGUUAUGUCAUUAGGAACUAUGAUGGAUUCAGUUUGCUUCUAA